ACCUAUCUGUUGUUACUCAUGGUGAUGGAUUCUAGGAUUGGUAUAAAUUGCCCCACCGUAUGAAUCUAAUGUGCACGGUUUUGGUAGCUUGCGCCCUUGUGGCGUACGCUUCAGCCUUACCGUAUCCAGGCGAAACAGUAACUGGAGAUAAUCGAGAAGGUAGUUUGUUAACUGCUGAUACCAAAUCUGAAGACGAGACUUUAGUUGGGGCUGAGACAGCUCGACAUGGGGGAAGGGGUUGGGGAGGAGGUUGGGGUCAUGGUGGUGGAGGUCGAGGUUGGGGAGGAGGCGGCGGCGGUUGGGGUGGUGGCGGAGGAGGAUGGGGAGGUUGGGGCGGUGGUGGAGGUGGAUGGGGCCACAGAGGACACGGAGGUCAUGGAGGCCACGGAGGCUGGGGAGGAGGUUGGGGCCAUGGACGUUGAAACCUUCAAACUUGAUUCAAGGUGCUUUUGAAAUGAAGAAAAUAAAGUGUUGAAUUCAUAAA